UAGAGCCAACAUGGUAGCGGCGUAAGGUCUUCUUCCUGUCAACGCCGCACGCGUGUGGGUCAACGCAACACUGUAGUCCUCGCUUUUUAUUAUUAUAAUGGAAUUAAGUCAGCAAGUACCGCGCAAAAGUUUUAUAUGUUCAUUCUCUGACUGUCAUGCAUCGUACAACAAAGCAUGGAAACUAGAUGCUCAUAUUUGCAAGCACACGGGGCUGAAACCAUUUGUGUGUGAACAUGACGGCUGUGACAAGUCAUUCUGCGACAAGUACCACCUAGCUCGGCACCAGUUGAGCCACAGUGGAGAGAGACCCUUUAGAUGUACAGUAGAUGGAUGCACAGAGGCCUUCACCACAAAUUACAAUUUGAAGAAACAUGUUAAUCGCAAACACAACCAUGAUGAGGAGAAACUGUAUGAAUAUGUGUGUAGCUUUGAGGGAUGUGGGAAAGUGUUCAGGAAGAACAAUCAGCUCAAGUCACAUGAGUGCCAGCAGCACACCAAACUACCUCCCUUUCAGCUUUAUAGCUGUACCUUUGAGGGCUGCGAGAAACAAUUCACUUUCCCCAACAAACUACGGCUUCACGAGAAGGUGCACAGAGGCUACCCCUGUGAAAAAGAUGGCUGUUCUUUCAUCGGAAAGACCUGGACUGAGUAUACUAACCAUAGGAGAGACGUACACAGAGCCCUUUUUCAGUGUAAUGAGUGCAACAAGGUGUUUCGCGACACCUGGUUCCUGAAGCAGCACCAGCGUGUCCACGCAGAGGAGCGCCAGGUGUUUAUCUGUCCCAGGGAGGGGUGCCAGAGGUCCUUCACUACGCCAUUCAACCUGCAAAGCCACAUCGGCUCUUUCCAUGAGGAGCUACGGCCUUACACCUGCCCCCAUGAAGGCUGUGGAAAGACCUUUGCCAUGAAGCAAAGCUUACAACGCCACAGUGUUGUCCACGAUCCAGAAAGGAAGAAACAGAAGAAACCCCGACCCAAGCGAUCCCUGGUUUCCAGGCUGAGUGGUUACAAGCCCAAGAAUAACAGUCGUCCAAAGCCCCAUGCAGCUUUGCAAUCAGAAUCCAUUGCAAGGGGUGGACACAGGAUGCACAUGGCAGCUCUGCCAUAUUGGAUGACUUUGGGUUUGGAAAGAAUUCCCGUCAGCACCUCUGUUGCACUAUCUGCUCCAGGGUUGUGUCCUGCCGUCAAAACCAUAAAAGUAUGGAAUGCAUUUGGGUCUUUGCGUGUCAAAAAAGAUACAGUGCCUUGCGAAAGUAUUCGGCCCCCUUGAACUUUGCGACCUUUUGCCACAUUUCAGGCUUCAAACAAAGAUAUAAAACUGUAUUUUUU